CUUGAAUCUGGCCAUCUGAUGCAGCACUUUUGCAACCAGAAUUGCCCAGAUGGGACAACGCAACUGUGGACCAACACUCAACGCCAGGCUGCUCUGGGACAACACCUCAAAGCAGCCUGCGAUGGCCUCCAUGCUAGGCCCUUUCCCUUUUUCCUCGCCGACACAGGAUGACUCUUGUCUUGAUGCUGCUCCCUUGCUUAAGAUGCCUCGCUGCCUGCUGCAUCUCCCUCAUCACUAUCCAAACCAAAGAUCAUCACUAUGCUCUUCUCCGAGAUUUCCUUCGACUCCAACAGCUUGAGCAUGAACUCUGCUCCUGCUGCGCUCGAGCUCCAGCACAGUCACUCCAUCAAGUCUGCUUCCUCCGCUGAGAUCGACAAGGUCAUCACCGCGAUUCUCACUCGAGAGGCCUUUUUGAAGGUCGGUCGCUGGGCGGCACAUUGCGCCGCUUUAGCAGCAGUCGGUGGCCUUGAUGAGCCAGCAGAACUUGUCAUCUUGGACGACAUCGAGGACAAGUGUCUUCUCGAGCCUAGCCUCUCCAUCUCCUACCCAGAUGCAUCUACGGCAAAAUCGCAACUGCGCUGCUGUCUGAUGCACUCUUCCGUGUCGCAGAAACGCUCCAAGAACCCAAGAGACAGGCAAAGACUUGCGUCUGUACGGCUUGCUGAGCGUGCCAAGCAGCGCUUCGCUUUGGAUGACAGCAGCAGCGAUGAAGACGCCGAUCGGCCGGGUCCCUCUCGGCCAGUGGGCAAUGGCCCUCGUCCUCUGCAUCGGUCUUCUCCGCAUCCAUCAGGCUCACAUGAGUCACUGCAAAAAUCCGCGAUGCGGCCUGUCCUUGGCUCUCCAUUCACACCUCCACACAGCAGCUCAGGCUCCUCUGAUGGGCAUGACGAGGAUGACAUGGCUGAUAGCAGCAGCAGUAACAGCAGCUCAGACAGUGACUGCAGCUUUCUCUACCGCGACAUGGUACCAGUCUUACCGAUCGCUCAAGAAUCAACAACCUCUUUCACGACACCUUCAUCGCCUGGUGGUUGUUGGAGCUUUUCUGCAGCUGCAGGGAGUUUCCUCAGCUUACCGAGUGUGAUUGCUGGUCGUAUGCGCAGGAAGAAACCAACAGUGACACCUGCAAAGGAACGUUUCUACCUCAGUGAUGGCGAGAGUGAGGAUGAAGCAGUGAAAGCCGUGGCAGCAGGUGCUGCCAAGAAGCGCGUGGAGGAAGAGGAGGACAAACAGUCUUGUUGUUCUUGGGCGAAGACGGACAGCGAGUAUGAGUACAAGGCAGAUGACAGUGACCGCUAUCGCAUUCCUGUUUAGAUGCUAUGUAGCAAGUGCCAGUUCACAUUUUAGUAAUAGUAUAAUCAACAUCUCUUG